AUGCCUUCCCGUCGACGUACCCUCCUCAAGGUCAUCAUCCUCGGUGAUAGCGGGGUGGGGAAAACCUCUUUGAUGAAUCAAUAUGUGAAUAAAAAGUUCAGCAACCAGUACAAAGCAACCAUUGGAGCUGACUUCUUGACAAAGGAAGUUCAGUUUGAAGAUCGACUUUUCACUCUACAGAUCUGGGAUACAGCUGGACAGGAGAGGUUUCAGAGCCUUGGUGUAGCUUUUUACCGGGGUGCUGAUUGCUGUGUGCUUGUCUAUGAUGUCAACUCCAUGAAAUCAUUUGACAAUCUGAACAACUGGAGGGAGGAAUUUCUGAUCCAGGCGAGUCCAUCGGAUCCAGAGAAUUUCCCGUUUGUUCUCAUCGGAAACAAGGUCGACGUGGAUGGUGGAAACAGCCGAGUGGUUUCAGAGAAGAAGGCUAAAGCAUGGUGUGCUUCAAAGGGAAACAUUCCCUACUUUGAGACCUCUGCCAAGGAAGGCACCAAUGUUGAGGAAGCUUUCCAAUGCAUUGCCAAGAACGCUUUAAAGAGCGGUGAAGAGGAAGAGCUAUACUUGCCAGAUACAAUUGAUGUCGGGACGAGCAAUCAACAGAGGUCUACAGGGUGUGAAUGCUAA